ACAAAAUGGCGUUAGCUUCAGCUAAAGCUUUGUUAGAUGAGUUAAUGGGAAGAGAUCGUAAUUUAGCACCUACAGAUCAAAAGAAAGAAGCAAGUUGGAGUAACUCACAGGUUUGCAAGCACUUUCUGGUGAAAUUCUGCCCAAAUGACCUGUUUGUUAAUACAAAAGCAGACUUAGGAAUAUGCAAUAAAAUUCAUGAUGAAAAGAUAAAAAAAGAGUACGAGGAGAGUGACUGUUUUCAACAAAUGGGCUAUGAAGACGAGUUUAUAAGGUUCUGCCAAGGGAUGCUUUCGGACGUAGAGAGAAGAAUCCAGCGAGCAAGAAGAAGGUUAGCACUGGGACAUCAAGAAGGAGGGAUAGCUGCUGUGCCAUUAUCAAAAAACAGUGAAGAGAAAAUUCAGGUGUUAACUGACCGCGUCAAUGAAUUAUUGAUACAGGUGGAAGAACUUGGAUGUGAAGGCAAAGUAGAAGAAGCACAAGGAAUAAUGAAACUAGUAGAUCAACUCAAGGAAGAGAGAGAAGCAAUGAGGAAAGGUUCUGAACCAAGUCAUUGGUUACAGCUAACAGCAGAAAUUGCUGCAGCCCAAGAAAAACAGAUGGAAGUGUGCGAAGUUUGUGGGGCUUUUCUGAUUGUUGGCGAUGCUCAGCAGCGGGUGGACGAUCACUUGAUGGGUAAACAACACGUGGGAUAUGCUAGAUUGAAGUCCGCUGUAGAAGAAAUCUUGCACGAAAGGGAAAAAGAAAGAGAGGAACGAGAAAAUCAGCGAGAAAAAGAAAGACAGGAACGUCGCAAAAAACAAGAAGAGGAGGAAAAACGUAGAGAAAAAGAAAGAGAGGAAAGAAGGAAAAAGCUGGAAGAAGAGGAAAAAAAACGCAAGGAAAAAGAACAUGAGCGAUACGUGCGCCAUUCUCGAAGUCGAGAUUGGGAAAGGAGAAGAAGUCGUGACAGAAGAAGUAGAAGUCGAGAACGCAGACAUUCUCACAGCAGUAAGGAGAAAACAAAGCAUAACAGAGACGACAAGGAAAGGUUUGUCAUAUCACGACAACGGUCCAGAAGCAGAUCUCGGGAAUACAAGCAUUCCCAUCAUUCUAAUGUUCAGUCUAAGGACAAGAAAACAGAGUCUAAGCAUAGGGACAGGGGAAGAUCAGAAAGGGACUCCAAGUACCAGAGACAUAGUAGAGACAGUCCCGAAGGUUGUAGAAGUGAUUCGUGUAAUGAUACUGUUGAAAAUGGAGAUGUGCGAGCUUCUGACAACGAUGUAAGUUUGACAGCAGAAAGAUAAGAAUCCAGAUUAGUGACUUUUAUUUUUAAAAAGCAUCAGUUCUUGUACUAGCAGGGUGUGAUAGUUUUUUUCUUUGAAGCCAGCCUGUGGUAGAAUGGAGGAGGAGUACCAGCAUGACCAUAUUCAAGAGGUGGGGUUGAUUGCUAUAUUUCUGUACAAUGUAUGGCACUUUCUGAAGAUUGAUUUUCAGCUCGCUCCCAGCUGCUGACUGUGGUCAAAAUUUAAAUUGUGCUAAUAUUGGACACUGUUUCAGAUUUUCAGAAACAGCUGGUCCCGUUGCCAUUAAAUCUUGGGUGUAAAGAACAACACUCGUUUCUAAAUCCUGUUGUUAUUCGAGGAAAUGGUAAUAAGAACAGAAUAACUGAUUUUAUUUCAGCAAGGUGACUAAUUAGCUUAAUAACUGAAGUAUUCUUGUACAAGAGAUUAAUAUGUUCUAAUACAACUUACUGUUUUGUUGCCUUGCAGUGAACGUAUAUGUGACUGAACCAGAGAGAGGAAGUCUCCAUGUGCAGUGUCUGAGGAUUGUGCUCUGUCAGUAUUGUUUUAAAUAGCAUAAGGUAUGGAUAAGAAUGUACUAAAUUUGGAAUUUUACUUAAUCUUUCCAAAAGAUACAAGUGAUUUUUUUAUAUGUACGUAGCCCUAUUUUGUUUAGUUUGUUGAUGUAAAAGAAAACAUUUUAACCUUAAGUUCCAUUUCCUGAAAUGAUAAUAUUUUGUAACAAUAUAAAUAUAGUAAAUUGUUAGCAGUGCUCCACGGAAUUGUCAAACUAGUUGUUAUUAAAGGUUUUUUUGAAUGUUCAAUUUUUGUAUGUUGGCUUUUUCAUCUGACCAACAAAAUGCUAACUGUAAAGCUUCAGGCCUGUAUUGUAAAACUUGGAGAAUGGUGUACUGUACCAAAUUAUUCCCAAGAAUGUAUCAUCUGACAAUAUACAGAAGAUUGGAAAUAAAAUCAGACACUUUGCUAUAUAACA